CGUCCGACAUCUUGGACGACGGCGUCGACGGUUGAGUCGCGCGGUGCAUUUCCUUCGCGAACGAUCGCUUGAGAGCGGACUCGGUCCCGCGUGCGGGGUGUCUUUCGUCGUAUCGUAAACAUCGGAACGUAUUCCGCGCGAUCGUUGUUCACUUUGACGAGGCCCGGAAUCGAUUGUUGCGCGUCCCGAGCCAUUUCUUCGUUGAGGUGCGCCUGGACGAUGGAUGCGCGAUCGUCGCCAGGAGGGAUCUCGCGGUGAUCGGAAAGAGGGGGGCAAGAGGGGACGCAAGCCUGGAAGGAAGGCGGCGGACAAGGCGGACAUGAAAGCUAAGCUCGAACGAAGCCGGCAGAGUGCGAGGGAGUGCCGUGCUCGCAAGAAGCUGAGGUAUCAGUACCUGGAGGAGCUCGUGGCCGACCGGGAAAAGGCGGUGAUUGCACUGCGGAAGGAGCUCGAGAUGUAUCGUCAGUGGACUCAGGAUUUGGACGCCGGUCAAGUCCCCGAUGGACUUCAGGCGAUGCUGGAGGAAUUCGGCUCGCUGAAGCGGGAACAAUCCAGCGGCAACUAAGCGGCCAAGGAGGCGAGGAAUAAGGAAGUCACGUGGAUCGAGCCGUUCCAUUUAUCUUGUUCCUCUGAUCGAACCCCCUUCUCUCCCACCUUGGUAGUCAAGCUUUCUUUCCCGUCUUCUCUUAUCUCCCUUUCUCUUUUACUGUUCCUCGAGGCAAUAGGGAAUAAUUGGCUGGCGAAUCUAAAAUUUUCUCUUCACGUCGGUCGUUUCUAUACUGAUCCGCCGAACGAACCGCGAUAAGUGGAUCUCUUCCGGCCUUUUCGAGAAUACGUUUCUUAUGCGAAUAGUGAAAUUCUUUCCUCUCCCUCCUCCCUCGUUCCUCCCCCGAACGGCGGGAUUGUUAUCCCCGAUUACCUCGUUACCUCACCGUGUUACCUUUUUUUUUACGUACAUUUUGUUAUCGCGACUCUCGUUACGUUGACACAUAUUUUUUAUUCUUAUUAAUUAAUUAAGGACCUCGGUCGGUUGUCUGCGGUCUCACGCUUGGAAUGUGUACCUCCCACGCAUUGUUUGUUGCGAUCUAAGGAAGUAAUUAUAGAUAUAUUACUGUUAACGCCUCGAAGGGGAAAGACGCUCGUUGUAUAUCAAAGUCUACACUCAGUAUUGUCUGUUCGAAGGGCGUCGUUGCGGGAUUUCCCCGUUGACCGUUUACUGUUUCGUUUCCACUUUGUCAGCACGCGGUACUCACGUACUGCCGAGAAAUCCAUCGUUUUGUACAAAUUGCAGGCGCCAUUACGAAAGUUGAUUCAUAUAUGUGUACGGAAGAGUCUGAUAGUCAAAUAAAACCAAUAUUUUUCGAUGAAAAA